GCGUUGACAUCCCUCGGGGAGCAUUUUAAGUUACGAGCCAUUCAUUUCAAAGAUCGCGUUCGAAAUUCAAAAUUAGUGCGAAUGUAAAAAAAGUUCAAAAAGUUAAUAAAACAAAAGGUGAAUAUUGAAUCAAUUAUUCGUAAAAAGACAAUUACAAUGAUAAAUUCAACAUAAAUAUUGUGAUUAGUGUAAACCAGAAAAAUGUGGAACCCAAAUUCAAUGGACAGACAAAUGGAGAAGAGAGUGAUUGUUGGGCGUGUGAGACCAACGUGGGCAAGGAACCUUCCUGAAGCUAGGGAUGAUGAUGAGAGGUCCGAUGUCAGCAUGAUGCCACAAAGCGAUCCACCGUCACCUUCCGAUCAAUGGGACAAGCAUGGGAAACUGGAUGAUAAAUAUGAUGUUUUUGGAAAGGUUAUGUUGCUGGGAGAUAGCGGCGUGGGUAAAACAUGCAUGCUCGUCCGGUUCCGGGAUGGCACGUUUCUUGCCGGCAACUACAUUUCUACCGUUGGAAUUGACUUCCGGAAUAAAGUAGUUGCUGUGGACGGAAUCAAAGUGAAGCUUCAGAUAUGGGACACAGCUGGACAAGAGCGCUUUCGUAGCGUCACACACGCCUAUUACAGAGACGCUCACGCCCUUCUCCUGCUCUACGAUGUGACAAAUAAAACCAGUUUUGACAACAUUCGCGCGUGGCUCGGCGAGAUAAGAGAGUACGCGCAAGACGAUGUCGUCAUCAUGCUUCUUGGAAACAAGUCGGACAGCGGCCUCGAGCGGGCAGUGAGGCGGGAGGAGGGACAGCGUUUGGCGCGAGAAUAUCAAGUCGCGUUUAUGGAGACAUCAGCAAAAACCGGGUUGAACGUAGAAGCGGCGUUCGCUCAUGUUGCACGCGCUUUGGUCGUGAAAGCGGAUCCCGCUGACCCGGCGCGUCUGGCCGUGCGCGCGCAGCCCUCGCAGGAACAACGCUCUAGCUGCCCGCCAUGCUCUUAAGCGCCAAAUUUGAAAAUCGAACGUGUUUAAAAAAUGAUUCAGGACCAAGGUCGUAUUUUGUAAAUUAUUGUAUAAUAAAUAAAAUGAUUGCACAAAUAUGCAUUUAUAUAUAACAUUGUACAGGCAGGUGACCGGCUUAUAUUACAUAUCUGUUAAUUUUAGUUAGUAAAAUUAGUGAGAAAAUCCCAAGUAUCUAAUUUUUUUUAAUUUACUCUCGUUUGCACAAAAGCUUUAUGCAAUUUUCCUACUACAAGGGGACAUAUUCCUUUUAAACUUUUGUUAAGGAAGCAUUCAUGGUCACUAUUGUCAUUGUUAACGUUGCUAAGCUUUAUAUAAAUAGUAUAUGCAUCAAUACUUUAAAUUAUUGAAAGAAUAUAAAGAGUAAAUUGAAAGGAGAAAGUAAGUUUUUUGUUUUAUAAAUUCAUAUCAUACUAUAAUAUUAGUCUACCUUUAAUAUUAAAUGAAAAGAAAACUAUUUUAGAACCUUUCAAAAAUGCGCUACACAAUUACCUACACUAAUAAUUAUAGAAAUUUCCUAUUU